AUGGCAGCACAAGCUUUGGUCUCAUCAUCAUCUAUAACUGCUUCAGCAGAGGCUGCUAGGCAGAUUCUUGGAGGAAAGUCAAUCCAGCCAUCAUCAUCAAGGAGAGUUUCCUUCAUUGUUAGGGCUGAAGCUACACCCCCUGCCAAGCAAACAGACAGGCAGCUCUGGUUUGCUUCCAAGCAGAGUCUUUCUUACUUGGAUGGCAGUCUUCCUGGUGAUUAUGGAUUUGAUCCAUUGGGACUCUCAGACCCAGAGGGUACUGGAGGCUUUAUUGAGCCAAAAUGGCUAGCAUAUGGAGAAGUAAUCAAUGGAAGAUUUGCCAUGUUAGGAGCAGCAGGAGCCAUUGCACCUGAGAUCCUUGGAAAAGCCGGUCUAAUUCCACCAGAAACCGCGCUUCCCUGGUUCAAGACCGGAGUGAUUCCUCCAGCUGGAACAUACAGUUACUGGGCUGAUCCCUACACCCUAUUCGUAUUCGAGAUGGCACUCAUGGGGUUCGCCGAGCACAGGAGAUUCCAGGACUGGUACAAUCCAGGGUCCAUGGGAAAGCAAUACUUCCUUGGCCUGGAGAAGUUCUUGGGUGGCUCAGGGGAGCCAGCAUACCCUGGUGGACCCAUCUUCAACCCACUUGGAUUUGGGAAAGAUGAGAAAUCACUGAAGGAACUGAAGUUGAAGGAGAUUAAGAAUGGAAGAUUGGCUAUGUUGGCUGUAUUGGGUUACUUCAUUCAAGGUCUAGUGACUGGAGUUGGACCUUUCCAAAACCUGCUGGAUCACUUGGCUGAUCCUGUAAACAACAACGUACUCACCAGCCUCAAAUUCCACUAA